AAGGAGCUGAAGCUCAAGUGGUAGAGCGCUAGCCUUGAGCAAAAAUGCUCAGGGACAGCACCCAGUUCCUGAGUUCAAGCCCCGGGAUAGGUACCAAAACACAAAACGACAACAAAAAACAAUCACCUAAGGAAUAGCUCCUAGGCCUGGAGAGAAAGAUUAUAUAAUUUGGAGGAAAGCAAUUCAAAUCUGCUGUUUUUGGUUUUAGUUCAGGGCCUGUACUUGUUAGGCCGGCAGUUUACCACUUGAACUGUACCCUCAGCCUUUUAUGCUUCAGUUGUUUUCAAAUAAGUCACAGAAAUAGGGAACAUUUUGAAUGUUUACAUGUAUUUAAUGUUUGUUGAUCCUGCUAGCUAAGCCUAGAAAUUAGUUCGAAAAGUAUUUACUACCAAUGACUGUGAGAAUGUGUGUGUCCGUGUAACUAGAAGGAUAGAAUUUUAUCAAAUAAAGCUUCUUCUCAAAUAGCAUCAAGUAUUUUUUGAGUUCCAACUUACAUGUAAAAAUGGUCAGAGAAAAGAUCUUAACAUCUUCCUAAUUCUGGGAAAGCUCUUGCUCACAGUGUCCAGGGCAAAACACUGCCAAUUUAAUGAAACCUCUGUCUCUUCUCUUUUGCAAAGCUGGACACUUGUUUUAGCUGUGUAUCUUGCCAUUCCUUGAAAGAACAGAGGCACAUUAUAAAAUUCAACACUUCUACUUACGUUCUAUGAGAGUACAGCAAAAUGGAUAUAUCAAAUCCCCCAACUUCCAAAUGUAUCACUUAUUGGAAGAGAAAAGUGAAAUCUGAAUAUAUGCGACUCCGACAGCUCAAACGGCUUCAGGCUAAUAUGGGUGCAAAGGCUCUGUAUGUGGCAAAUUUUGCAAAGGUCCAAGAAAAAACUCAGAUUCUUAAUGAAGAAUGGAAGAAACUCCGUGUUCAGCCUGUUCAGUCUAUGAAGCCUGUGAGUGGGCAUCCUUUUCUCAAAAAGUGUACCAUAGAGAGUGGUUUCCCAGGAUUUGCAAGCCAACAUAUGUUGAUGAGGUCUCUGAAUACUGUUGCUUUGGUUCCCAUCAUGUAUUCUUGGUCCCCUCUCCAGCAGAACUUUAUGGUAGAAGAUGAGACCGUUUUGUGCAAUAUUCCCUACAUGGGAGAUGAGGUGAAAGAAGAAGAUGAAACUUUCAUUGAAGAGCUGAUCAAUAACUAUGAUGGGAAAGUCCAUGGUGAAGAAGAGAUGAUUCCUGGAUCUGUCCUGAUAAGUGAUGCUGUUUUCCUGGAAUUGGUAGAUGCUCUGAAUCAACAUUCAGAUGAAGAGGAGGAAGGGCACAAUGACAACUCAGAUGGAAAACAGGAUGAUAGCAAAGAAGAUCUUCCGGUAACAAGAAAGAGAAAACGACAUGCUAUUGAAGGCAACAAAAAAAGUUCCAAGAAACAAUUCCCAAAUGACAUGAUCUUCAGUGCCAUUGCCUCGAUGUUCCCUGAAAAUGGUGUCCCAGACGACAUGAAGGAGAGGUAUCGAGAGCUGACAGAAAUGUCAGAUCCCAAUGCGCUUCCCCCUCAGUGCACACCCAACAUUGAUGGGCCCAAUGCCAAGUCUGUGCAACGGGAGCAAUCUCUGCACUCCUUCCACACACUCUUUUGCCGACGCUGCUUUAAAUAUGACUGCUUCCUUCACCCCUUUCAUGCCACCCCUAAUGUGUAUAAGCGCAAGAACAAAGAAAUCAAGAUUGAGCCAGAACCCUGUGGCACAGACUGCUUCCUUUUGCUGGAAGGAGCUAAGGAGUAUGCCAUGCUCCAUAAUCCCCGCUCCAAGUGCUCUGGGCGCCGCAGGCGAAGACAUCAUGUGGUCAGUGCUUCUUGCUCUAAUACUUCAGCCUCUGCUGUGACUGAGACUAAAGAAGGGGACAGUGACAGGGACACAGGCAAUGACUGGGCCUCCAGUUCUUCAGAGGCUAACUCUCGUUGUCAGACCCCCACAAAACAGAAGGCCAGUCCAGCCCCGCCUCAACUGUGUGUUGUGGAAGCCCCUUCUGAGUCUGUGGAGUGGACUGGGGCUGAGGAAUCUCUUUUUAGAGUCUUCCAUGGCACCUACUUCAACAACUUCUGUUCCAUAGCCAGGCUUCUGGGGACAAAGACGUGUAAGCAGGUCUUUCAGUUUGCAGUGAAAGAAUCACUUAUCCUGAAGUUGCCAACAGAUGAGCUCAUGAACCCAUCACAGAAGAAGAAAAGAAAGCACAGAUUGUGGGCUGCACACUGCAGGAAAAUUCAGCUGAAGAAAGAUAACUCUUCUACACAAGUAUACAACUAUCAACCCUGUGACCACCCAGACCGGCCCUGUGACAGCACCUGCCCCUGCAUCAUGACUCAGAAUUUCUGUGAGAAGUUCUGCCAGUGCAAUCCAGAUUGUCAGAAUCGUUUCCCUGGCUGUAGAUGUAAGACCCAGUGCAAUACCAAGCAGUGUCCUUGCUAUCUGGCAGUACGAGAAUGUGAUCCUGACCUGUGCCUCACCUGUGGGGCAUCAGAGCACUGGGACUGCAAGGUGGUCUCCUGCAAAAACUGCAGCAUCCAACGUGGCCUCAAGAAGCACCUGCUGCUGGCCCCUUCCGAUGUGGCCGGAUGGGGCACCUUCAUUAAGGAGUCUGUGCAGAAAAAUGAAUUCAUAUCUGAAUAUUGUGGUGAGCUCAUCUCUCAGGAUGAAGCUGACCGACGAGGGAAGGUCUAUGACAAGUAUAUGUCCAGCUUCCUUUUCAAUCUCAACAAUGAUUUUGUAGUAGAUGCUACCCGGAAAGGAAACAAAAUUCGAUUUGCAAACCAUUCAGUGAACCCCAACUGUUAUGCCAAAGUGGUCAUGGUGAAUGGAGAUCAUCGCAUUGGGAUCUUUGCAAAGAGGGCAAUUCAGGCUGGUGAAGAACUCUUCUUCGAUUACAGGUACAGCCAAGCUGAUGCCCUCAAGUACGUGGGGAUUGAGAGGGAGACUGAUGUCCUCUAGCCCUCCUGGCCCCGCACCUGGCACUGUCUGUUCACGCACACACCACUGCUGCUUGAGCCCCUGCACUAUGUGUCUUCCACACCGAGAAACCCCACCCACUCCCUCUGUAGCAAGGCCUCAGCUGCAUCCCAGGAGGACACACCAUGUCAGUGAGAAGAGGGAAGACAGGUCUCCCAGGCAAGAAAGCUGAGAUGUGGAGGUUGCAUCCCUACCUUCUCAGAGGAAGAGGGCACAGGCUGGGUUGAAUGAUAACACUUGAUUUCUCUUCAGCCCUCCAGGCUGUGAACCUCAGGAAUCGACUUUGGCAGUUUCUGACAAGUGCUGUCAUUUUAGCUUUCCCAAACAAAGGUCCUUAUGUAAUUGGGAUGCCAGGAAUAUCUGAAUGAAGUCUGAUCCCUGGAGCUUACUGUGCUCUGGGUUAGAGGCAAGCUUGCAGUUAAUACAGAGUAGAUGCAGAGGGAAUGGUUGCCUUCCUAUCUCUUCCCUCUGGUGUGGUCCAAACAGAAGGCUUUCAGAAGGCCUUCCCUGUACUCUGGAGGGGUGUGGUGUUUUCAGACUCCUGGGAACGGGCACCAGCACCCCAGCUCCUUCCAAAGUUGUGGCUCAAUAACUGCAGGCAGGCCUUACGUGCUGGUGAAGCGUUGGGUGUGUCUGCUUCAUUAGACUGUAGGGGUUCUGGUUUUUGUUUUUCAGGCUUUCCUUUCCCAGAGGCCAGGUCCAAAGGACCCAGUGCCUUGGAAUGGGGCUGGAUUAGAAAGGGAUAGAUUGUUGGUAUAACGUAGUCCCUGUCUGAAGCACCUGCUGUUUGGAAAGGAAAGGGUGACUUGGCAGUAUGUUUGCAGGGGAGUGAUGGGUGCAGUUGCACACAUUUAGAAUGGUGUCACAGUGCAGGGCAGACUGGCAGGUGUUUGCUGUGUGGAGCAGGCAAAUCACCUGACCCAGUCCAAGGUGCCAUUCUCUCUGGGAUUCAUGCAGAACAAAGCACUUUAACUUUUUUUUUAGAAGGUCUGUAGAUUGGAGUAGAACCUAAGCCAAGGUCUCUUGUUCUUGCCCAAAUCCCACUUCAGAGGAAGGAGGGAAGAGAGGGGCUAGACAUUUUCCCCUCCAGUUCCAACUCAUCUAGGAGAGGCAGGAGGAACUGGCUUGACACAGAAUUUACAAAUCAGGAGCCAACAAGAGCUGCCCUGGAUCUGUGACUGGUGUGCUGAGCUGGUAGGGAACAAAUAAUAUUGUACUGGGUAGAAAGGGCUCAGGCAGGUAUGGACUGGCCUAGGGAGUGUUAGAAUGGGGAGCCAGCACUUCCCACUUUUCUGAAGAACCAGAGCCUCCCUUCCCACACUUCCUCCUUGCCAGUGGUAUCCCAUCAAAGAAAUGGGACUCCCUCUGGCCCAGCUGCCUCUUAGGGAUUUGUGUGUGACCUGUAUGUAUACACACACACACCACACACACACACACACACGUACACACACGUACGUAGGCACGUAGGCACUCCACACUCAGCACAUGUCAGGCAGCGUCUUUCCCCCACCGUGAUUCUGAAAUCUCCCUGUACUGUGUUUGUUUUCCUUGUGUGUAUCGGGAUCCCCUCAAGCUACACUGUGGGGCUCUGAAUUAAUCAUUAAUUUGGGGGGGCGG